UUUCUGUUCAGGAACUCAAGCCAUGUGAUCCUGUCCACCAUUAAACCAUCUUUCCAGUGCCUUUUUCCCCACUUGGAGCUGACAGAGCGAUGCCCACAUCUGACAGCUUGGCCUUCUGAUCUCAUUUGUCUUCUGACGCUGGGAACUCCCAGACGUUUCCUCUACCUCCUUCUCAGUAACGUUUACAACAUCCUAGCUGGCAGAGAUACUCCAGGCUUCCCUGUGCUGGGUGGAACCUCUGUUCUUCCUCCGUGCCUCCACCGAAUCAUCUUGCGGUGGGGAGGUUGUGGCGAAGGUUGCACAGACCCAAAAAAUCACGUCGAUUUCUCGGAUUCACCUGCUAAACUCGAUCGCUGAAGAUCCCUGCAAAGGAUUCUAAAGUUUUGGAGGGCAAUUAGGCAUCGUGGGAAUCAACUUGUCGCCUCCCAACCUGGACGAUGAAGAAAUCCCCGUUUGUCCUGGAGACGGAUGAUGGCCUUGGAGAGGAUCUGAACGCAGCCGCGAAGGGGGCAGCUGGGACGGACCAUGGACCGCCACCCUUGGAGACCCCUUUCCAGAAGGAAGCCCCUCCCUCCCCCCGGAUUCGGGUGAAUCUGAAUUACCGGCCGGGACUCGUCAAACCGGAUGAUCCAAAUCGCUUCGACAGGGAACGUAUUUUUCAAGCCGUGGUUGCGGGAGAUCCUGAACUGCUUAACGGCCUAACUGAUUAUCUGUGGAAAACAUCCAGCUUUCUCACCGACACUAAAUAUAGAGAUGGGAAGACCGGUAAGACCUGUUUGAUGAAGGCCUUGCUCCAUUUGAAAGACGGGAAGAACCCCACCAUCCCUGAGCUCUUGAAGAUAGACAAGGAGACCCAGAACCCCAACUCUUUGGUCAACGCCGCUUGCACUGGCAGCUACUACAAAGGCCACACAGCCCUCCACAUCGCCAUCGAGAAGAGGAAUUUAGAUCUUGUGAAGAUCCUGGUGGAGAACGAGGCUGAUGUCCACGUCAAGGCUUCUGGACGUUUCUUCCAGCCGCACCGCAAAGGGGCCUACUUUUAUUUUGGUGAACUUCCUCUGUCCUUGGCUGCUUGUACCAACCAGCCAGAGGUUGUCAUGUACCUCCUGGAUAACCCUCACCAGAAGGCCAGGCUGACUGAACAGGAUUCCCUGGGCAACACCAUCCUCCAUGCGCUGGUGAUGGUGGCCAAUGACACGGAGAAGAACACCGAACUCGUGGUCAACAUGUACGACAUGAUCUUGAUGAAAGGGGUCGAGAUUGACCGUUCCUGCAAAUUGGAAGAGAUUGUCAACCUGAAAGAGCUGACUCCUUUGAAGCUGGCUGCCAAGACUGGGAAAGUUGAGAUCCUCAAGCACAUGCUCCACCGAGAGAUGAAGGACCCCAAGUUCCAGCACCUUUCGCGCAAGUUAACUGAGUGGACCUAUGGUCCCGUCCACAUCUCCCUCUACGACCUGACCUCCAUCGACAGCUGUGAGGAGAACUCAGUGCUGGAGAUCCUGGCCUACAGCAGCAACACUCCAAACCGGUACAAAAUGGUGGCCCUGGAGCCUUUGAACAAGCUACUUCAGCACAAGUGGGAAUCCUUCAUUAGAAAAAGGUUUUUCUUGAGUUUAUUCCUCCACCUGAUUUUCAUGCUCAUCUACACAGGCACUGCUUAUUACCGGCCUCUAAAUGGAGAGGUAACUAUUUUUUAAACAAAUGGAUGCUUU